CUUGCGGCGCUCUGAGACCCACGGAGCCAUUACAAUGUGCAGCAGCAGCUCGCACUGUCUCGCUCGACCCGCCGCGCGCCACCUAGCCAGCUUACAAACUAACACGUAGCAGUAGCAGUUGCAGCAGCAAUUGAUAACACGGCUUCUAUGGCGGGCGCUGCCGAGGCCUGGCCCUUCGUGGCGCAGCGCAGCAGCAGCGCCACCGCCAGCAGCACCAGCAAGAGCCCGGGAUCCGCCGGGCACGAGCGCCGCGCCCCUUACCUGGGCGGCCCCGACGGCGCCGGCACUGGUGACGGUGCGGAGCCGCCAACCUCAACCGCCGCCGCCGCCGCCAGCGUCGGCGUCGGCGUCGGCGGUGGCGGGCCGCCACCAGUCGUCGCGCGAUUACGGUUUUGCAAGGACGCGGCAGUGGCGGCCGCCGCCGCGGCGGCGUCGCCGCCGGCGCCGCCGUCCGCCCGAACCGCGGCGGCGGCACGGCGCACCGCCUUUGUGGCGGCGGUGACGGCCGCCGCCGGCGCGCACGCUUUCUACGACAUCACGCUGGAUCUUGGAUCCGAGAUUCCGGACCGGCAGGUGGCGGCGCUGCUGGUGGAGCAGGAGAUGGAGGGGCGGCGGCACGGCUACCUCAGCCUGCUGUACGGCUUCAAGUGGCAGGGCCGCGUGUACAAGAGGGACGGCGAGGAGGUGUCCCCCCUGGACCUGGUGUUCAGUGGGUGGAGCCACGCGCUGCCGCGGGCCGAUGCGCUGGAGCUGGUGGUGGCGGUGCUGCCGCCGGCGCUGUGCCCCUGCCUGGCCAACAGGCACCUGCGUGCACUUCAACACAGCCCGGCUGAUGGAAGAGCGGCGAGCUGGCGGCGGCGGUGGCGGCGGCGGCGAGGAGGAGGCUGGGCAGGUGGCAUGCGGGGUGACCUGGCGGCGGCGGCGCUGGCCAUGGCGCGAAAGGCGGCGGCAGCCAAGGCAGCGGCGGCGGCGGCAGAGGCCGCGAAACGGGAUGCGGAGGCUUACUGAUACGGUGUGCGUACUCGGGCCGUAUCAUGUGGGUCAUCAGGCGUGUUGUUGUUCAUAUGAGGGAUGGGAGGAGUCCAAAGGUUAAGUUGGAGGGUGAUGAGGGCGCGCGAGAGCCAUCCACGAGCAUCAGGGGUCGUAUCUUGUUUUUGGGGAAAUGUCUAGCUCCAGACAAAAACGGCCCGGUGGCCGCCGUCUUUUGUCUGGGCACAUGGCGGUUUGGGGGCUUCUCCAUAGGAAUUGGGACAAAACCCGCCCCAAACCCGGGCCAACAAAGUCUCGCCCCAGACAUUAGCACCCGGGAGGAAUGUCUAGGAAACGGCCAAAAUGGCCAAUUAAUGUCUGGAGACAUUAAGAUAGGAGCCCUGACGAGCAUGUACAGCUGGUGCCUGAUGGUGGUGGCGUUGGGUUUCGCUGCGAUUUUGUGCAUACGGCAUGUCCAGUGUUGUUGAAUGGAGCUUCCAAGUGUACCGUAUUGUUGUCGCACUGCCAUGAUAAGUACUGUCACACAUGUGGAUUGUGGUGGGCGGCGGUAACCCAUGCGAGUCCGAAUGUCCGAACCAG